UCUGGAGCCAAGAUUGUGCCUUGUCAAGUCCCAGCGAGUUUUUUGACUCACAGGCCUAAACAGCUCUCGAAUUAUCGCAACAGCAAAGUCUGCGCCGUCUCUAGGAGCCAUAAUUUGCGUCCAGAGCACUCUCUCGGCCAGCCAGUAGCCUCGCUCUCCUGUCAUCUACAGUCUUAAAGCCCCUCUACACCAUGAACGUCGCUAAAUCGAAAAAUACCAACGUCCAGCUCCUAGCGUGUCUCACCGAGCUGCAGGACGCGAUCGACCCCGAUGACAACCAUUACCGCCUCCUCGUCGACGGGAAAUACGUCAAAUACGUGAAUACAGCACCGGGAGCGCUUGGCGGGGAUGAGAUCGAUCGGUACUUCGGGCCCAUCUUGCUCGGCGAGCUCCUUCCACCUUUUCCACCCGGAAAUUGGAACGAAGGCUACGUGGCCAAGGAUCCCGAAACACGAGAAGUGGCCUUCAUCAAGGUAGAGACAGUGCCUCUUGCGGGGGUGGAAAAUCUCUGGCAUCCAGUGAAGCUGAACGAGCUGGAUUUCACACAAGAACUUCACCUGAGGCAACGCGUUCGCGCUUCAACACACCCCGAGAUUAACGACAGGAAGCCCGUUCUCAUCAAAAUUGCGGUUUGGCCUUGGGAGCUCCCUUACAUGGAGGCUGAGACGACUGCUUAUGAACUCAUCUGUGGCAGUGGUAUUGGCCCCAAGUUUCUUGGCCAUGUUACUGAGGGGAAAGACGGGCGCGUGGUUGGAUUCGUUGCUGAGUGGGUACAAGAUGCGAGGGCCGCAGGCCCAGGAGAUUUCGAGGGCUGCAGGAAGGCCUUGGGGCAAUUGCAUGAGCUCGAGAUCAAGCUUGGCGAUAUCAACAAACACAACUUUCUUGUGCGGGAAGGGCACGACGUUGUUUUGAUAGACUUUGAGUGCGCGAAGAAAUGUUCACUGCAGGAACUCGAAGACGAGAUGAAUGGUCUCAAGGGAAGCCUGGAGGACCCAAGUUUCCGGGGCGGGGUAGAAGUCGUUUGUGAGUGA